GGCUCCCGGGAGGUUGAUAAAGCGGCGGCGGCGUUUGACGUCAGCGGGGAGUUAAUUUUAAAUCGGUACAAGAUGGCGGAGGGGGACGCGGCAGCGCGGAGGCAGCAGCAGCAGCGCCCGCCCCAGGAGCUGCGGCGGCGGCGGCGGGGGCGGCCUCGGAGCGGAGAUUCGGCGGUCCAGGACAACCACGUCUCGUCCCCGUCCUCGCUAGGUGAAGAUUAUGAAGAUGAUGAGCUGGUAAACUCAGAUGAGGCUAUGAAGAAACCCUGUCCAGUACAGAUUGUUCUUGCUCAUGAAGAUGAUCACAACUUUGAGCUUGACGAAGAGGCACUGGAGCAAAUUUUGUUACAAGAGCAUAUACGCGAUCUUAAUAUCGUGGUGGUAUCUGUGGCUGGAGCUUUCCGUAAAGGGAAAUCAUUUUUAUUGGACUUCAUGCUGAGAUAUAUGUAUAACAAGAAUUCGUCUAGCUGGAUUGGUGGAAACAAUGAACCAUUGACUGGCUUUACGUGGAGAGGUGGAUGUGAGAGAGAAACAACAGGCAUUCAGGUCUGGAAUGAAGUGUUUGUGAUUGAUAGGCCAGAUGGAACAAAGGUUGCUGUACUGCUAAUGGACACCCAGGGUGCCUUUGAUAGCCAAUCAACUAUCAAAGACUGUGCAACUGUAUUUGCUUUGAGCACUAUGACAAGUUCUGUUCAGGUAUACAAUUUAUCUCAGAAUAUUCAAGAAGAUGAUCUUCAGCAUUUACAAUUGUUUACAGAGUACGGAAGACUUGCAAUGGAAGAAAUCUACCAGAAACCAUUUCAGACAUUAAUGUUCUUGAUUCGAGAUUGGAGUUAUCCGUAUGAGCAUUCAUAUGGCUUGGAAGGAGGAAGACAGUUCCUUGAAAAAAGAUUACAGGUAAAGCAAAACCAGCAUGAAGAACUGCAGAAUGUCAGGAAGCAUAUUCACAAUUGUUUCUCUAACCUUGGUUGUUUCCUGUUGCCACAUCCUGGUCUUAAAGUUGCAACCAAUCCAAGUUUUGAUGGGAGAUUGACUGAUAUUGAUGAAGACUUUAAAAAAGAGCUUCGCAAUCUGGUUCCAUUACUGCUUGCCCCUGAAAAUUUGGUAGAAAAAGAGAUAAGUGGAUCCAAAGUGACUUGUAGAGAUCUUGUAGAAUACUUUAAGGCUUAUAUUAAAAUCUAUCAAGGUGAGGAGCUUCCGCAUCCUAAAUCUAUGCUUCAGGCAACAGCUGAAGCUAACAAUCUUGCUGCAGUAGCAGGAGCAAGGGACAGCUAUAGCAAAAACAUGGAGCAGGUAUGUGGUGGAGAUAAGCCUUACAUUGCACCUUCGGAUUUAGAAAAAAAACACUUGGAUUUCAAGGAGGUGGCUGUCAAACAGUUUUGUUCUGUGAAAAAAAUGGGUGGAGAUGAGUUCUGCCGUCGUUAUCAAGACCAGCUUGAAGCCGAGAUCGAUGAAACCUAUGCAAAUUUUGUAAAGCACAAUGAUGGCAAAAACAUCUUCUAUGCUGCUCGCACCCCUGCCACACUGUUUGCAGUCAUGUUUGCUAUGUACAUAAUCUCAGGACUGACUGGCUUCAUCGGCCUGAACUCGAUAGCCAUCUUGUGUAACCUUAUAAUGGGUUUAGCACUGACCUCCCUUUGUACUUGGGCAUAUGUUAAAUACUCUGGGGAGUUCAGAGAAAUUGGAACAAUGAUUGAUCAAAUUGCUGAAACACUAUGGGAACAGAGGAGUCCCAGGAAGGUAUUGAAGCCCCUGGGUGAUAAAUUGAUGGAGGAAAACAUAAGGCAGUCUGUAACAAACUCUAUCAAAGCAGGCCUGACUGACCAGGUGUCUCAUCAUGCCCGAUUAAAGACAGACUGACAGUUCAUCUCCUCUUCAACUCUGCUGUCCCGUCCUUUUUCAUGCUUGCUGUACAAUGAGAACUCAAAAUAAACCAAAGUUUACAAUCCACUAUAGAAGUAGUUUAGUAUAACUGGCUCCACAAAUUGUUGCCACAGAGUGUGAAAAUUGGUUGUUGGUUUUAAGCAUUCUCUUCACUUGCUUCCAAGACACAAAUUAGUGCCAUGGAGACUGAGAGAGGAGCAUUCUUUUAUCACGCACAUUUGUGCCAUGUUUAAUUCUUAAUCUGCAGUCUCUGGCUUGUUAGAAAAAGUCGUCGUCUGAAAGGGAUGUAUCAGGGAAAUAUUUUGAGAAUCUAUUAAAGUGAAAUCUUUUAACAGAAUGUAAACAUACAGUGUCCCAUUGAGAUUUUAAUUUCUGGAGUAGCUGUGAAUCAGUCAGUUUGAGAUAGUAGUGACAACUGGCACCAGGGAUGUCUCUGUUGAGCCACGACAUUAAAAAUAUAGAUUGCUUUACUGCCGUCAGUACCAGUGUUACACAAAGUGCAUGUAUCAUCAUCAGAUGUAUCAUCAGAUCUCCACAGAAAUGACAUGAUGUAACCCUUGUCACUGAGGAAGCAAUUUUGGAGUGUACAUUUGUCUUGCCUUCUUCAAUUCCAUAGACCUGCCCUAAAAGCAGAUGUAUAACUGGGAAAUGGAGCUGUCUCUUCUGCAGGUUAGCCUUUGUGUACAUAAAAUAUGCCAUUAAUUGUAUUGGGGGAGAAAUUCCAUCCCAAAAUGUUGCCUACAGCUAUGAGUUAGGAUUGUCUGUACAGUGUGUAGCUUUUAUUUUCUAAAAUCACAGAUAGGGCAUGUAUAUGAAUUAUAAAUAUAUAAAUACGAUUUUGUAUUAAAGUUUUGUAGUUUAUGGCAAAAUCUGGUUCUGUAGUAGGCUAAGUAUGGUUUAUGUAAAGGAAUGUUUGUGGCUCAUGUAAAUGUGUGAAUGCAUAAACAAUUUGAAGUUUUUGAUAUAUUUGUGAUAUUUACCUGCCUUGAGCACCGCAUUUCACCAUCACUUCCCUUCCUCCCCCCUGCCCCCAAUGGGAAUUCAGUGGGAAUGUUUGUUGUGAAACUUUGUUUUCCGUUGCAUUUUGAAGUUAUUUCCUGUAAUUUAUUUUCAGUACAUAAUUAAAAAUUGGUUGUGUAUGUGCAUAUAUACAUAUAUAUAUGUAUAUAUGAAAUGAAACUUGUGAUUCUUUUUUUAAGGAACUCUUCAAAUAUAUAUUCCACAACACAAACCAUGUUUGUUUAUAUUAAAAUGAGCAUGAGCAGGAAAUGCCCAAAUGACAGCUCCUAAAGUACUAUUCCUUGAAAUGAAGCUAAAUUUGUGAAAGAAUACAAUUAUUCUUCCAUGUCUGUCUCUGUUAGAAGAAGAAAAAAAAAUGUUUCAGUCUAGAUGUAAUUGUGGGGUUUUGUUUUUCUUGGUGUUCAUUUGUUUUCAUUUUGGGGAUAAUAAGUUAAGGUGAUAUUCUAUAGUGACCUACACUUGUGAAGGCACGUGGUUUGUUCUUUAAGUGAAAAAGAAAGUCAGAUGUCACGUUCUAUGUUGAGAGUUUUGAAACACACUUUGAUUUUGUAUCUUUUUUUCCCCCUUGGAAUUUUGUUUUUAUUAUGGAUUGUAUUUAUUUCUAUCCACAUUAAAUUGAUACCAGCUCACCUAUUUUCAAGCAAAAAGAAUCCACCUGAAGUUUGUAUGUUUUCUUUUCUCACCAUGUUUAAUGAUGCUGUGGAUUGUUUAUGAAUAGAAAAAUAAAAAGUUGGCUGUGUCAUAGCAAA